AUGCUCGGCAUACGCAUGAGGCCCGGGAGACCUCCCGGGGGCGCCGAAGUGACCCAUUCGCUGAGGUCUCCUGGUAGCAGCGAGCACUCAGCUCGUAUGCUUAGGUCAUUCUCCGCCAUCAACGUCACAGGCCUCCGAUCGCCAACCACCCAUGCCGGUUUUGGGCAUGUCACCGAAAGGCAGCCCGAGUUUUCACGAAGACUGAUAUCGCCAGUUGUGAUCAAACACCAGCACAGCGAGCUCCACUUGUACUCGGUGUUGAGCUCACCAGAGAAGAUGGCCCCCGGAACGCUUUCUCCCCAGCUGCCUUCCGCGCCCUACGGACUCGCCACUGGCUCCGCUUCCUCCAAGACCAGCCGCAAUGCCAGCGCUGUCUACGGCCAGCAUCAUGAUGAAGAGUACUCAUCCGAGACGGUCGAGAGCCGCCAGCGGGCUAUGAGCCAGCGGUUUUUCUCUCGCAAGAGCUCAAUGCUCAACGUCUCCAACAUUUCCAAUGUCGUGUAUUCGAUCAAAAGACGCAGCUCUGAGGAGCUGGGGUCCAAUAUCUCGGCUCGACUCUUUAGCGCCACGCACGAGUCUCUACUCGAGUGGAUCAGCGCCCAGCGCAUGAGUGAUCUGCCUCCAGAGGGCAGCAGCUAUGACAAGGUCCUCGCAUGGGCUCAGCUUUUCGCCAACCGCCUUCACUCCUUUGAGUAUGCCAUUCAGGAGUUUGCCGGAGACAGCUACCUAGCUGCCCAGCUUGCUUAUGGAUACUGUUCACUCCUUCUCGAGCUCGGAAAGGAGAACGCCCGUGCUCUGAUGAUCUCUUUUGGAUUCUUCUACAGCAUGUCCGUUCCGCUUCUAAACCUGCUCGAACGCAUCGAAACCUUCAGUGUCUCCCAAGAGAUUCGCGAGCAGCUCGUGCUCGCGUUGUCCGAUCUGGUGUCCCUGGUCGCAAGCGUGGCUACGUAUUUCCACAAAGCCAUUGGCGAGACCACCACUUCAGUCUCGGUCAAUAUCUACUCCACCUUUCCGACCCAGAUUAGGACUUUCCUGGAACGAUGCGACAAGACGGCCGAGCUGAUGUGGCAGCACCAGCUUCUGAAGGAGGGCGCCACAGAGAGCAGAGUCUCUCAGAUCAGGGCGAUCAAGGCAUGGAUCGCUCCGGAGGACCAAGUGCUGUCACGCGUUGUCAAUUCGACUUCGCAGUUGGCCCAUGACCGAGAAGAACUGACUUGCCUUUACAUCGGGGCUUACCUGACCCGGUUUCUGAAGGGUUCGCAGAAGACCAUGGCCUUGAGUGGUCCCCCCGGGUCGGGAAAGACGGUACUGGCUUCUGUCAUUUUUGACUAUCUGCAGCAUCCCAUUGCUGGUGUGACCUAUAGCGCCCUGUUUGUACCAAUUAAUGGUCGCGUUCCUGGCGAGACGACUCCCCGCGCGGUCGCCAAGUCGUUGUUGUACCAGCUGUUCCAGAAACGCACGGGCAACGUGCAGCUGCUCAACAUCUUGACUGAAGCCUUUGAGCGCACCGUCCGGAUGACGACUGAGGACGAGUACGAUAAUAUCUUGUGGCUGACUGUUGAGCGUGCCGUGACGGCCAACCUCCCAGGCGCCAAAGACCUUGUCUUCGUCAUAGACGGUCUAGAUGAGUGCUCGGCAGGGGAAGAAGCCCUCUUCAAACGUCUUCAGAGUGUCGCGAACACCAAAGGCGCAAGCACUUUGAAGCUCAUCACACUGGGUACCAAGCCUCAGCAGGGUGUCCAAAACUUGCAGAUCAACGAAGAUCUCAUCUUCGAUGACAUCAUGGCUGUUGUGCGCAACUACUUUGAGACAUCAAAGCUGUACAUCUCGAUGAGCGAGAUGGAGCGCGAAGCGCUUGUGGCAGGGAUUGCCACGGCCUCCAAAGGUUCUUUCGUCUGGGCGAAGCAGGCCUGCAAGCAGCUCCGUCGCGAGACCACAGUCAAGGAGCUCUUCUCUAGCCUGGAGAAGAUUGGCAACUGCAGCAUCGCCGAGUUCGUGCACCGGACUCUUACCGCGCCAGAGGUCACUUACCAGACUCGUCUGCUGCUGACCUGGCUUGUCACUGCAGAGCGGCCCCUGAGCACCAACGAGUUGGCCACUCUAGCAUCCAUCAACGUGGAUAAGCAGAGCAUUGACCAUGACCACAAGAUCGACGUUAUGAGCACCCUGAGGCCUGUGAACUCGCUCGUGUUCAUGCAAGAUGGGCUGACUUACCUGCGUCACGAUGUCGUUCGCAAGGCCGCUACAGAGUGUCUCAACGAGACGAAAGGGUCCAUCAAGGACCGCCACGGCGACUUGGCCACACGUCUGCUCAUCUACAUCAACUCGACUGUCACUGAUCCGCGCGAGCCCACAUUGACAGUUCUGGACAGCCACUCAGUGCAGCAGCUCACGAGCAGACACACUCUGCUCGAGUUUGCCAUCAGUUACUGGCCACUACACCUUCGCAAGAGCUUUGCCUUCUUGAAGCCCGACACCAGCGAGUCCGAGGCUGCCAAGCUCGUGUCCAAGGUCGUUCCCAAGAACCUCACUGUCUACCUGUUGCAGGCGGCGCUCUGGCAGCACCAGCCUCUUCCGAAUCAGCUCAAGUACCACACGAUGAUGACCAACAUCACCCGCCAGCUGCUCACAACGAAGAGCACCAUCGCGCUACAGUCCAUCAUCUUCUUGGCACAGAUCUAUCGCCGGAUCGAAUUUACUCCAGAUGCCACCACCCUCUUCUAUGAGGCGACAACAGUGUCCAACUCCCUGCUCACAAGCAAGAGUCCCAUCACGAUGGAGCUCGCCAAGAUCUUCACCGAGCUGACCAGCACGCGUGUGACUACGUCAAAGACGGACGUUAUCAUGACCCAUCGCGAGCAGGUCCUUCUGAUCUUGACCGAGUGCUACAAGAUACAGUAUGGUCAGAAGUCCGAGUAUGUCCUGACGACGCUGAAGCUGUUGGUCGAGCACUACCGCACAUUUGGUGGCGAGACCACGACCACAACCACGGCAAUCGGUGACAAGAAUGAUACCCUUGAUGGAGAUCUACACGUCCACCUCCACGGCCGUAAAGACACGCAGGGUGGUCAUGCGGGUAGCGGUGUCGUCCUGACGCUCGACACUGAGGAGCAGGACGAGGUCAUCGAGGGCCGUGGCACGGGUGCCGCGUACGACUUUGAGUUCUUCCUCGUCAAGGCGGAGCGCUACCUCGCCGAGGGCCGCACCGAGCUCGCAGAGAAGACAUACAUCGAGAUUUGGGAGCGCGUGACACGCGAGUACCGCGCCACGCACUCCGCGCUCUGGGAGGAGCGCAAUAUGAAGAGUGUCGUCUGCUACUCGCGCUUUCUCAUGCAGCACAAAAGGACUGAGCAUGCGCGUAGCAUCCUCUGCACUGCGUGGGAGGAGUACAGGUACUCGUCGUCACAGAGCGUGAUGACUGAGAGCACUUCGGCAAUGUACCUUGAGAUGUCCACCAUGAUAAAGUCAGUCGGCAUGGUGACGGAAUCGCUGGCGCUGAUGAAGCACUGCUCGCAGUACUACCACAACACGAACAACACGUCAUCUUCAGCGUACAAGGCGCUGCAGCAGAGCAUCAGCAGCACCUCGCGAGAGAUUGUCAAGUCGGCGAGCAGCUCGAGCUCCACGACUGUGUCUGAGACGAUGCUCGAGGAGAUGGUCCUCGAGCAGAGCAGCUCGACGGUCACUGUCGACCAGAGCACGUUCACGGCGACCCAGAGUCUCGUGAGGCUUUACAUUGUGCAGCACCGCUGGCGCGACAGCACCCGCCUGCUGAAGCAGAUCCUCCGAAACGUCUGGCCUUCUCUAUUCUCGUCCAACGUGCAGGACGUGGUUGCACCGACCAAGCACGUCGAGGAGGCUGUCGAGCUGGCCGAGCGCUUGGCUGACUGCUACCACGCCCGCCGCCGCCGCGCCAAGGAAGAAGAUAUUCGCAUCCGGGUAUACCGGGCGAUGCGUUCAUCUCGCAAGGUCGACGACAAGCUGCGAGAGAGAGUGACGAGGGAUCUUGUACAGCAUCUACGCCGGACCGACGAGCAUAAUGAGCUGUUGAUCACGGUCCGUCAGGAAAUGCUCGAUGACUACACCGCACACUACGGUAGUGAGCACCCCACCGUGAUCAAGAUGCUGUGGGAGCUGGCCGAGUUGACUCGCCCGCAUCCGAUAUUCCUCGAGUACUACCGAAAGAUCAUCAAGGCUCUGCACCGCCCCAACAGCACUGAUUCAACAAUCACCCCCGAGGCAUUCGAGCCAUAUGUGACUGUGGCGACUGAGCUAUAUAACAAGGGCCAGUUCAGCGACGCCGUGCCGUAUUACAAGGCAAUCUUCAUGACGUUUCUUCGCCAGCCCAAGACGAAUCCCAAGCUCUCCGAGCCGGCUUCCGUGCGUAGCGACUUUACCCUGAUUCAUCGCGUAACAGUCGAGUACCAGACGCAGUGCAAGACCGUACUCGGAAUGAAUUCCUCCAUCACGAUCCGGGCCACACUGCAGCUUGCCAAGAUCUGCCAGGAGUCGAAGCGGUACGAGCUCGAGGCGGUCGCUCUAUACGAAGAGCUGCUCAAGAUCCAGAGUGACGAGAUCGACCAUGCCGAGAUCAGCGCCAUUCUAGACUCGAUCUACGAGGAGCAGGUCGACUUGGCGACUGCCACAUCUGGCAGCCGCUCACAGACCCUUUCGUCUGAGCAAGCCCAGCGCGCCAUAAAGGUGCUCCGCAAGCGCGUCACGACGAUCCGCGAGACGCACGGCUGGGCGCACGAGGAGUCAUUGUCAAAACUGUCUGAGCUGACGAGUUCGUCCCAGGAGGAGACUACUCGCUCCGAGAUGAUUCUGUCCGAGCUCAAGACGGCAACCACCCAUAUCUUGAGCCAGGAGACGUCAUCGACUCGACUCAUCGCCGCAGCAUCGACGAUCGCCUCGAGCUAUAUGCAAGCGCAUCAGGUCCAAAAGGCUACGGAGAUCAAGCACGAGCUCUAUCGUCAGAUCAUGACCAAAGACACUUCGCAGACCUCGACUUAUGGGUUUGACUUGACCUCGCGCGGACGCGAGAGUCUAGUCUUCCUCGCUCAAUUCGAGCACUCGCUUGCUCGCCGCCAUCACAGCGUUACUGUGACCGACAUCCUCGCGGAGCUGACGACGCAGUACAUCUACUUCGAAGAGUUCCGCAGCCUGACCAGGGCCAAGUCUACCACGACCGUGUCUCUCAGCACAGUCGUCGGCUCAGCUGCCCGGCUGCACACCUUCCUGCUCUCCUGCGACCGCACGGAUGCUGCACAAGGGGUUUUCCACGAGCUCGAGGACUACUUUAUGCACCACAGCAGGGAGGGCAAGUCAGCCAAGCUGGCCAAGCCGUCCCAGGUACACGCACUGCUGCACAACCUGCUCCAGUACUUUAGCACGUACCGCUCCCACAGCUUUGUGCGAUCUGUUGGCAUCAGCGGCACUCGUGGCGUCGAGGGCUUACUGAAGCAGCGCAAGUACGAUGCUGCCAUCGACCUGGCAACCGCUACCUUUGCGUUCAUUUCCUCCCAGGACGCGUACCGUACUGAUCCUGAUGUGGCAAAGCUCGUCCUCGUCUUGGGUCUGACUCUCGCCGACGGCAGCGGGAUGAAAUACAACGACCUGGUCUCUUCAUCGUACCCUUCCAUGUUUCCGCAAGGUUCUGGCUCCUCCCCUCGCCUGCCCUCCUCUGCCAAGCCAGGCACCCCUCCCGUGCCCGCAAUCCGUCCCGCUAGCCGGAAGCUCGAUGCGGGCCCCCGGGCAAGGCUGCUCGAGGCGUCCCAGCCCAUCACGAGCUCCGUCCUAGGCGUCCUCGGCGACAUGAAGAUCAACCUCGAGGGCAUCUCCCUUGUGCACCUCAAUCUGCUGAUCGGCGUGCUCGGCGCGCAGCGCGACUACACGAACCUGUCCUGGCUGCUGACCAUCCUGUGGGAGUCGCGCGAGGCGCAGCGCAGCUGGACCAGCAACGUCAUUCUCGCGCUCGGCAGGCGGUACAUCAUGGCGCGGUACCUCGUGGGCGACACGACGGCCGCGGUCAGGCUGGCCGAGGACAUUGUGUACAACUGCCGGCGGGAACCGGCACCCCCGGACGCCGGACAUGAGCGUCUUCCUCACGCAGCUGUACACGGGGAUCGCGCAGAAGACGGCAAGAACGGUGUCUUGCCGGGCGGCAAGGACAUGGCGGCGCGGUACUACAAGAAGAGCGCGGCCGUGCAUGAGAACAUUCUCCGCAUAUUCAGCGACCCUGCGUACGCCGAGAUGGAGGGCGGGCUGGACGGAAGCCUGCACUUUGACGACGGGCAGUCGACGUUCAGCGGCAUGUCUAGCAGCAGGGGCAGUGGUUACUUCCAUCACCACCAUCACCACCACCAACAACAACAACUGCAGCACCGGUUCAGUGGGAUGGUUGGCCUGCUUGGUGGGCCUGUCAGCGAUGGCGAUGCCCUGUCUCUGAGUGAGUCCGGCAUGAGCGACGGCGAGAGGGUUCGGAUGCACUUCAAGCUCCUCAAGGUCGCAGUUGAGAGGCUGGGUGCUUGGCCCAAGGACUACAAGGAGUACGAGCGGCUCAACGCUGAUGUGUUCCGCGAGUAUGGCGAUAGCCUGAGUGGGUUUGAGGGUGUUGAACGCUGGAACCUGGGUGGUUUCGGUGGGGGCAAGGCUGAGAGCUCGGAAGACUUGCUCGACAUUGAGGCAAUGGCCACCGCUCGCAAGCGGCCUCGGCCGGAGGAGUCCACCGAAAACGUGGCCGAGUGCCCGUUCACUGUCAUACCUCCGGAUCCCAAUGAGAAGGAGAAGAAGACAAAGCGCCGCCGUGGCGGUUCAGAGGAUCGGCCCGCGCCUCCGCCAAAAAUCCACCUCCAGGUCUCGCCAUUCUCUCCCAUCGGCAAGUUCAACGCCAAGGACAACACCAUGGACCGCCACUACCAGAUCGCUCCGUUUGCCAAGUGGAUGGACAUGACCAGAUAUAACAGCUUCGUUUUGAAUGGUGUCAAGUACCACAGUGAAGGCUUCGUCUUCGUCGCAAAUGACAACACUAUUGAGCGCCAGACGAACCCCGGCGAGUCCCGUCAACCUAGAAAGUCGGAUGACGACUGGGUCGCAAGGAUUCUCGAAAUUCGCGCUGCGGACGAGCAUCACGUGUAUGCGCGCGUCUACUGGAUGUACUGGCCUGACGAGCUGCCGGCAGGCACGACAGAAGGAAAGCGGGUCAUCAAGGGUAGACAGCCUUACCACGGCAACAACGAGCUCAUCGCUUCCAAUCACAUGGAUGUCAUCAACGUCGUCAGUGUCACGGCAAGCGCUACUGUUCAUCAGUGGGACGAGACAAAUGAAGAUGAAGUACAGCCGGCUCUGUACUGGCGCCAAGCCUUUGACGUGCGAACCAUGGACCUCUCGUCCGCCGAAGAACGUUGCCGCUGCAACCGUCCCGAAAACCCCGACAAGAAGCUCAUUGGCUGUACCAACGAGGAGUGCCGCAAGUGGCUGCACGACGAUUGCCUGGUCCACGAAGCUCUCCUCUGCACUUUCGCACGCCUCGGAACCAACAAACCUCACAAGCCGGCGCCCGUCAAGGACGAGCAAGAUAAUGAGACUGGCCGCCGGCCUCUGUCACCCAGCGAGUCGGGAGCAGCACCAACGGCGGAGCCUUCUAUUGAUGUGAAGCCCGAGGAGCAAAACACCGUCAAGAUGGCUGAUGUCGACAACGUGCUUCCCAUCAUCACGGCAGGGCGCCCGAACCAAAAAAGAGAGGCCGCGGCCGCAAAUCAGAUGCCCAGAAGGCAAAACCCUACGAGGGUUAUUUCUCUGCCAUCAUUAAAAGUGACGUGACUUCGCUAGUUGUCGAGAUUACUGAUCUGCGGAAAGAAGUGACCGGUGGUCUCAAGGAGUGGACGGAGCGUCUUGACUGCCUUGUCUGUGGUCAGCCAAUCCACUAAACCAGGAAACUCUAGCAUCUGUUGGCAGAGUUUUGCUGCAGGCAUAGACGACAAGGACGAUAAAGGUCUGUGGACCAGACGAUCGGUAGACGAGAUCUCGCGGGCUCGCCAAGGUUUCGAGGCAAGAAGGAAGCCGACCGUCCUAGGUUACCUAGAGACCCUUCGCAGCAUGCGUAGAUAAUGUUCUCAGACCUAACUACUGUCUUAUUCCACCCCGUAAUCGAGUCAAUUUGCAGGGGU